GUAUUCCAUCAGUUGAUGUGGCUUGUGUCAGAGGCUCAAGGGAGAAUCUAUGGAAAGCUUAAAGAAGAAAAUUUCUUUGGACCUAAAGAAGAAGUUAAACUUGAGGCUCAUAUAAAAGUGCCAUCCUAUGCUGCUGGUAGAGUUAUUGGUAAAGGAGGCAAAACAGUAAAUGAGCUUCAGAAUUUGACAAGUGCAGAAGUUGUAGUCCCUCGUGACCAGACCCCAGAUGAAAAUGAUCAGGUUGUUGUGAAAAUAACUGGCCAUUUCUAUGCAUGCCAGCUUGCCCAGAGGAAAAUUCAGGAAAUACUGGCUCAGGUAAGGAGGCAACAGCAACAGCAAAAAACAGCGCAAAGUGGACAGCCUCAGCCAAGACGAAAAUAAAGGUUUAGAAAAUGGCCCAUCAGAGACAGAUGCCAGACCAAAGACAGACUGUGUUACAGAUGGACAGGUGAUGAACACCUGUUGGAGUUAUAUGCAGAAGUUCCACCAAGCCAGUCACCUGUUUGAGGACCAGGCAACCAUUGAACGCUGUCUCUGAGAAUGUAUUCUUUAGGCUCUCUCAAACUUUUGAAACCCAGCUUUAAAAUAAGGACCCCUUCACUUCCCUUUUGUUCUAUUCUCACAAUUUAACAUAAACUCGUUGGUCUUUUUUUAUUGUUCUUAUUAUUCCCCAACAAUUUUAGAACUUGGUUUAAUGAAGCUUUCUCUUCUGAGUUCACUGGUUAAAAAAAAGGCAUUGCUCUUAUAGGUCCAGUCAUAAAAGAAAACACAAUUGGAGGGUGGGAUUGUGGGUGGGUUAGGGUUAGAGCAAGGGCAUUGACAAGAGUUUAAGUGUUAGUCCCAAUAUUAAACAAGUAGCAUUUUUUAAAAAUUUGGUUGCGUUUUUACAUAACACUGCCAUGAAUAACCUAAGGGGAAGUGUUGCAUGGUGUUGGCCAGGGCAUAAAAAGAUAAAUAUGCAUUUUACUAAACUACCUCAGGCAUUUAGUACCUCAAUGAGAAAUUGUUCCUUUUUGCUUUUUUUUUUCUUUUGGUAUUUUGUAUACUUUAUAAAGCUAAUAGUUCUUGAGCAUUUUAUUUUUUUAAAAAAAUUAAAAUUUGAUCAGCCACCAGCCUGGAGUACUUACGGAAUUACUGGGGGGGAAAAAUAUAGUAGGAUGCUUCUAGCUGCUGGCUGAUGGGAGUAAGAUGGAAAAAAUACAGCCUCAGAUUUUCUGAGGGUUUCAACACCAUCAUUUGUUUAAAAAAAAAUUCAGCGAAUGUUCAAAAGAUAGCGAAUGAUGCCAACAUUCUGAUAGCAGCAAUGCCGUUUAUUUUUGUUUUAAGAUGGGAUGAAAAAGUUUGUGACGGUACUUUAUUGGGAACAGAACAAGGAAGUGAUGGCAAGAGGCUGGGGUUGGGGGAAAAAAUUAAAAGGCUGCAGGAGGCUGAAUUUUGGUUUUUUUGUGCUACUUGAUUGAAUGCAUGAACCCUUUGUGCCUUUGACCAUCACUACCUAAUAAUGCUACAUUUAAACAUUUGCAGCCCUUUUGGACUUUGCCAUUCUGUUCAAAGAGCAAGCUUCAUCUUCAGUUUGAUAGAACACUUGGUCUGCCGGGGCAUGUUUAAGGCCAUGUGGUCCUUGUUGCUCACUGCAGAUCGCAUCAUACUGCUUUCAGUUACCACGAUGGGGGAAGGUCAAACACUGUUUGAUCACAUGUAAAGAUAAUGAAAGGCUAAGUUUACAUAUCCAGCCGCUGUUAUGGGCCACACUAAGCCACUUUGAAGGUUUUAAAACUAUAAGGAAAAAAAAAAACCCUCUUUUGCCUGGCUUAUAAUAGAUGCAGCAGGAUUUAUGCACGUUCUGCAACCAACCAUUAGAGGAAAAAAAUGUCAAAAGGCAGGGAUAAUAGGAAAGCUACCAAAUUUUUUUUAAUUUCAGAAUGUAAUUUGAAUAAUGAUUGUGGUAAUAUUCAAGUUUCUACAAUAAACUUCAGUCUACCUCAGUUUUAAAAAUGUGGCAACACAUGGUGCAUAAAGACUGCUGUGUGUGUGUGUGCGCGUGCGCGCCUGUAUGUGUGUGGUCUACAGAGCCAUGCUAUUACCUCUGAACCUUUUUUUGUGAUGUUUUUGUGCAUGAGAUGAUCAGAAUCACCAUGCUGCACUGAUUUGAGGGGCACAACUAGCAAAAAACAUUUGUUUCAUCAUUUUGUUGAUCUACCUCUUAGAUUCAUAUUGAAAUAGAGGCAUUUCUACAUAGAAUAGAUACUUUUCCCAAAGAUCAUUGUUGUACAGAUUAGAUAAUUUUUGAAAAUGGUCUGAAGUGUUUUUCCUGCAUCUCUUCUUUACUAAUUGGUUUAAAAACCACCAACUUAUGUUGUAGUUUUAGCAGAGAAAAAUGAGUUUCUUUUCCUUUUUGACGGUGACCUUCAUCUAGCCUUAGAUUUUCUUGCAAUUAAUUUAAAAUUACCGAAGUAUGAAAAGUCAUAGCAUUUUAAUUUUCAUUGAGGCUUAAGUCUAAGUCCGACGUUCCUUUCUUAACAUUUGAGAAGGAUUUGACUUAUUUUCCAUAAAAGUUAUUUUACGAAUAGGCGCUGCAUUUACAUCUGCUGACUUAAAUACUGUCAUCUUUCUUAAAUUUCUAGACUUAGUGUGGUAAAUCAUGUUUUUAUUUUCAAUUGA